ACCUCUAUCAAACUUCGAGCCUACCCAGUUCCCAAAGAAGAAUCAGCUGCACAGCAGCACAGCUCAAUGUUGGCCCCUCCAAAGCUAACUCCGUAGUCUACAAGCAAGUCAGGUUUCUUCGCCACAGAGCACCAAUCCAGAGACCAAUAUAAGAGGGGGGAAGAAACAAUCCGUCACCACCGCAGCGCCAAUAGAACCACCGCCGGCGCAGCCUAGCAGGCCAGCAGCCAUGGGUCUCUUCGGCAAGAACAGCUCCAAGCAGACCGCCAAGCUCAAGUCCCUGGUCAAGCUCGCCGCCGCGCGCCUCGCCGUCGUACGCCGGCCGCGCCUCGGCCGUCGGUCCAUCGCCCGCAGCGACGUCGGGCAGCUCCUCGCCAUCGGCAACCUCGACCGCGCUCUCCUCCGCGCGGAGCAAGUGAUAGAGGAGGACAACACGCUAGAGGUGCUGGACAUCAUAGAGCUCUACUGCAAAAUCCUCAUCGAGCAAGCCGCGCAGCUGGAUAAGCCCAAGGAGUGCAGCGAGGAGAUCAAGGAGGCGGCGGCCGGGCUGAUGUUCGCAUCGGCGCGGUGCGGCGAGCUGCCGGAGCUGCUGGACGCGCGGGCCAUCCUGGCGGACAAGUUCGGCCGGGACUUCGCCACGGCGGCCAAGGAGGGCGCCCACGGCGUCGUCGACCCCACUUUGGUGCGGAAGUUGUCCGGCGAGAGGGCGAGCUUGGAGCAGAAGAGGAGGUUGGCCAAGGAGAUCGCCGCCGAGCACGACAUCUUGCUGGACUUCCCUGAGACUCACCGGCAGGUUGGUUGCACGACCACACAGAUCAACGGUCAUAGUGUACAAGCCAAGAAGGCGCCAGCCAAAGAAUUUAUCGAAGAGAGUGCGGUCAAGACGGAUCAUCAUGAGGUGCAGGGGAAGCAGAAUUCUGUUGAUGGCAAGGUGAAACCCAGCCUUGCGCAGCUGAGCGUAGAAGAGAAGGUGUCGAGGGAGUCCAAGAAGUACCUCGACGCAAGGAUGGCGGCGGAGGCAGCCUUCGAGUCGGCGUCGUUCGCCGCGAUGGCCGCCCGGGCGGCAGUCGAGCUGUCGCGGUCGGAGUCCCAGGGGAAGGGAUCGAGGGGCGGUGGCUACGACAAGGUGCAUCCCGUGCAGGUGCAGACCUCGGCAGCCACGGAGCAAGGGGCGGCGCCGCAGUGGAGACCACAGAAGUCCCCAUCGCCGUCACCGUCGUGGAGUGACAGGAGCACGGUGACUUCGAUCGGGUCGGGCCCGGCGCACAAGGGGAAAGGCGUCGUGUUCGACCAGAGCGACGUGGAAGUGGAGGACGAGGUGGUGGACGACGUCGUCUGGCCGCUGCCGCAGCUGCGCCAGCCAUCCUACAGGAGGACGGCCUCCGCAGUGGGCACCGGCGGCGCUGCCGGCACGCGACCGUUCCAGGACGGCGCGCCCUACAACAACCUGCAGCAAGCGCGCCCGCCGAACAGGCGGCACGCCACGGAGUUCGCCGGCGGCAACGCGCAUGCGCAUGCGCUUCACAACGCCCUGGCCGCUCAGCGCGGCCAGUACGUGACCCCGCCGUACCGGAGGAACCCGACAGCCAACACAAGAACCAACGGCGGCGUGGCGCGGGACGGUGACGCGUACGAGAGCUCGGCGUACGCCCACCCGCCGUACUCGAGGAUCGUGUCCGCGCUGGAGCGCAGCAACGAGCACAUCGCGCGGCACGAGGAGGUGCGCAGGAUCGGCACGGACGCGCGGGUGCUCCAGGAGAGGGUGUACGGCGCCGCGCCCGGACUGGGGCACGGGCCGCUGAACCCGGAGAGGAGGGCCAACUCGGUGCGCACGAGGAGAUGAGAGGGCUCUUCGGUUGCAGAACGGCAGUUAGUUCAGGCUUCAGAGCUGGAAUACUACCCGUUGAGCUGAAGUUCCGGCGCAGGAAAUCGGGUCCGUUGCUUCGCCGGCAGAGUGGCGGUUUCAGUGGUUUGGUGCGGAAUCCCUGGAGAUUUCCUGCCUCUGGAAAAUCACACGAGUAUAAUCAAAUAGAACGAGGGGCUGUGCGUGGCGCGGAUGAUGGAUAUCUUUUUGUACAGAGAGAGAGAGAGAGUGGAGUACUGAGUGUGAAUGUGUGAUAAAUUGCCAAUUGUUUUCUGUAAAAAGUGAGGAGUUUUUAAUUGUAGGUGUGCUUCAGCUGCA